UUUCCGGUUCCGGUUUCUGCCUGUAAACAAAUCGUUAGCAGUACUGGUAAGUUAGAUAAAUAUUAAACACAGGAUUUUAUUAAUCCAGUCACCGAAAUUGCAGAUUUGAGGUUGGAAAGCCAUGUCGAAGGAAGUCGAGACCAGUUCUGGUCAGGAGGGGGUCAUUGACCUCGAAGAACCGAAGAAAAUGACCAGAGAAGACUGGAGGAAAAAGAAAGAGCUGGAGGAGCAGAGGAAGCUGGGAAACGCUCCUGCUGAGGUCGAUGAGGAGGGAAAGGACAUCAACCCUCACAUUCCGCAGUAUAUUUCCUCCGUGCCGUGGUACAUCGACCCCUCGAAGAGACCCACGCUCAAGCACCAGAGACCUCAGGAGGAGAAACAGUACGAGUUUUCGACUAUAGGAGAGUGGUAUAAAAGAGGUGUACAGGAGAAAUCCGUCAGCACCAAAUACAGGAAAGGGGCGUGUGAGAACUGCGGGGCCAUGACUCACGUGAAAAAGGACUGUCUCGAGCGCCCCAGGAAGGUUGGAGCCAAGUUUUCGGGUACAGGUUUCGCCCCGGACGAGCACAGUCAGAUUCAGCUGAACCUGGAUUACGACGGGAAGCGAGAUCGCUGGAACGGCUACGACCCCGAGGACCACAUGCGCAUUGUGGACGAGUACUCCAAAGUCGACCUGGCAAAGCGUACUUUAAAAGCCCAGAGGUUGCAGGAGGAGCUGGCCACCGGAAAGCUGGAUCACGGGGAGCGUGAACACAACAGCGAAGACGAGGACGAAGAUAAAUACGCAGACGAUAUCGACAUGCCCGGGCAGAACUUUGACUCCAAGAGACGAAUCACAGUGAGGAACCUGAGGAUCAGAGAGGACACAGCUAAGUACCUGAGAAACCUGGACCCAAACUCGGCGUACUACGACCCGAAGACCCGAGCCAUGAGAGAAAACCCGUACUCCAACACCGGCAAGAACCCAGACGAGGUGGGAUACGCCGGAGACAACUUCGUACGUUACAGCGGAGACACGAUCGGCAUGGCGCAGACGCAGCUCUUUGCCUGGGAGGCGUACGAGAAGGGAACAGAGGUCCACCUGCAGACUGACCCGACCAAGCUAGAGCUGCUCCAUCAAUCGUUCAAGGUCAAAAAGGAAAGCUUCAAAGACCAGCAGAAAGAAAGCAUCCUAGAUAAGUAUGGGGGUGAAGAGCAUCUCGAUGCUCCUCCACGAGAACUUCUGCUCGCUCAAACCGAGGACUACGUGGAGUACUCUCGACACGGAGCCGUCCUCAAAGGCCAGGAGAAAGCCAUCGCCCGCUCGAAAUACGAAGAGGACGUCCUUAUUAAUAACCACACCUGCAUCUGGGGCUCGUACUGGAAAGAUGGCAGCUGGGGAUACAAGUGCUGCCACUCAUUGGUCAAACAGAGCUACUGCACCGGAGACGCUGGCAAGAAAACAGCAAACACGUUGUGCGUCCCCUUCGAGGAAGAUGUAGAAGAAAAUGAGGAGGCACCAAAGACACUGUUGGAGUUGCACCAAGAAAAGAUGAAAGAGAAGAAGAAGAAGCACAAGAAAAAGAACAAGAAGAAACGCGAAGAGAGCAGCGACGAGGAAGACGAAGCCACAAAGAAAGAAAAGUUGAAAAAGGCUCUGAGCGCAGAGGAGCAGCGCCUGAAGCAAGUCGCCGAGAUGAUGCAGCUGGACGAGAGGAAGCGGCCGUACAACAGCCUGAAGGAGGUCCGCGAACCCACCGAGGAGGAGAUGGAGGCCUUCCGGAUGAAACGCGCCCGACCCGACGACCCCAUGGCCUCCUUCCUUAAUCAAUAAAUCGUACUUUAAGUUUUCCGACGCUUUUUAUUUCACACGUUUAAACCGGUUUAAUCCGGUCAUCUCCCAUAUCAGUGUAUUAUUUUAAAACAUUUCGGUCUCGAUGAUCAGAAUGUGACAGAAAGCGGUUCGUAUCACAUGUAUGGCAAAACACACCGUGUGAGCUCGAUGUGCUUUUCUUUUUUUUUCUCUUUUUUACAAUAUAAAGAUUCACAUCAAAUACAAAUUA